AUGAAUCCAUCUUCUCCAACACGUUCUCCACAACGCUCCCCCACUCCAAAUCUACAAACCACACUCAGCCAUCGCCCAAGCCUGCGGCAGUCCCAGAGCUCAGGCACUCCCAGCUCAGCAAACGCCCCGAUCCCAGAUGACGACCAUGGCGCUGAUCUACCGAUGAAUAUGUCUGCAUCGGUCAUGCUGACCAAUUUACCCCGUGAUGCGCACGAGGCUCUUGCAGACGUGGAGAGUAUUGAUUCGGGGAAAGUUACUGUUCGCUUCCAGCCUCUUCCAUCAGCCCCGAUUUUGAAAAGUCGGGUGUUCAAGGUUAGCGCUUCGCAGAAAUUCGAGACAGUUGUCAAAUUCCUGCGCAAGAAGCUGGACUGCAAAGAGACCGAUUCUGUCUUUUGUUAUGUUAAUAGUGUGUUUGCGCCUGGGCUGGAUGAAGGCAUGGGCGGACUAUGGAGGUGUUUCAAAACGGACGAUCAAUUGAUUGUCGCUUAUUCAAUGACGCCAGCGUUCGGCUGA